CGUAUAAAUACAGCUGACUGUCGCCACAUGAAGGGCUAGAUCGAUUGGCUGAGCCCUCUUCUCUCCACCCUCUUCUGAUGACCGGGGAGGGAUCUGAUUGGCUGAUACACAACUUAGUGCUGUGAGACGUCGUUCGGGGGGCGUUUCCGUCUGCAGCCAGCUGGAUGGAUGCGCAGAAGUCCCAUUAAUACCUACGGUCCCGUCUGCUGUUCCAUGUCACACACCGGAGACCAAUAAUGAGGCCGAGCAGUCAAACAUCCAAACACAGAUCCUCACAUGACACAGAGAGGGAAUUUGGAGGAACCCUCGGUGCCAUAUGCAUUCCCGUCUUUCUUCCGUUGACGGUGCUGUUCCUGAUCUGUGUGAGUCGAUCCCCUGAGGCCAGUGUUCUCCAGUGGCCCCCUCCCCUCCCCUCCACUGACCUGCUGUGGGACCCUCUGGCCCCCGUGCUUCUGCUGGGAUGGAUCUCUCUGCAUGCCCUGCUCUAUUCGAUGCCAUUAGGAAAGGUGUCUGAAGGAUUAGUGCUGAGGGAUGGAACACGCCUCAAAUAUCCCAUAAAUGGUUUUCAUGGCCUGUGCAUCAGCGGUUUGUUGCUGAUGCUGUUGCUGGGGCUCGGGGCUCCUCUCGGGUAUCUGUUUGAGCUGCUGUUGCCUCUGGCAGUGUGUGCAAUAGCAGUGUCAUUCCUGCUCUCCGUCUACCUCUACAUCCGCUCCUUUUGGGCUCCUUUCCAUGCGCUCGCUCUGGGGGGCAACACAGGAAAUCCUCUGUAUGACUUCUUCAUCGGACGGGAGUUAAAUCCUCGCAUUGGCAACUUUGACCUUAAAUAUUUCUGCGAGCUCAGACCGGGUCUGAUUGGCUGGGUGGUCAUAAACCUGGGCAUGCUGAUGAAAGAAGUGGAGCUUCGAGGUUCCCCCUCCCUCGCCAUGAUACUGGUCAACAGUUUCCAGCUGCUGUAUGUGGCGGAUGCUCUGUGGAACGAGGAGGCUGUUCUGACAACCAUGGACAUUGUGCAUGAUGGUUUUGGCUUCAUGCUGGUCUUUGGAGACCUGGCCUGGGUUCCCUUCACGUACAGCCUGCAGGCAGCCUUCCUGGUCGUGCAUCCGCAGGCCCUAAGUUCACUCGGAGCCGCAGCUAUAAUUACACUGAAUGGUAUUGGAUAUUAUAUUUUCAGAAAAUCCAACUCACAGAAGAACCAGUUCAGACGAGACCCCACACAUUCGAGUGUUGCAAGACUGGAGACCAUCGCCACAGCAACAGGGAAGCGGCUGCUGGUGUCCGGCUGGUGGGGUCUCGUUCGCCAUCCCAAUUACCUCGGGGAUCUCCUCAUGGCCCUGGCGUGGUCCCUGCCAUGUGGAUUCUCACAUCUGCUGCCUUACUUCUACGUCAUAUAUUUCACCGUGUUGCUGAUACACAGAGAGGCCCGCGAUGAGAGACAGUGCAGGGCCAAAUACGGACUAGCAUGGGACACCUACUGUCGACGCGUCCCCUACAGGAUCUUCCCUUACAUAUACUGAAAAAGAAAGCAGAUGGAUGGAACAGGACCAAAACUGUCGCACAAUAUCCUUGUGACUCCGCAAAUCCACACAAACCCAGCAAUAAGGUAAAAUGUAAAUGUAAACGUAACAACCGGUGCUGCUACUGGGAAUCUGCAGGGGGCUCACAGUUUUACUCAGCCUUCCUUUGUAAGGCUAUGGUCCCAUUACAAAAUGAUGGAUCGCUACUUAUAAUUCCUUGCAUUUUGACUUUGAAACCUCACAGCGAUCUGAUACACUAUAGGUAAAAUCAGUUUACAUGUCUCUUGCUCUGUGUUUCCGCAGCUCCAGUCAUCUUUUCUCAGAAAAAUUAGAUCUUUUCAAAAUGAGGGAAAAAAACUUAAUUAAAAACAUUAUUGUUUUACUCUUUUGACUUUUAACGAGAAAACAAACUGAAAAACAAAACAAAAUGGUUAACGUCAGUGCCUUUUUUUUUUAGCUAAAAGUCCUGGGUCAUAUCAUUUUAUCUUUUUUUUUUUACAGCGUCAUUUUGUAAAGUGUAUUGUUACCUGUGAAACACAUUUGAAAUAAACAA